GAGCCACCCAGGAAGACAAUUUAAAGCGGCACGUUCGCACUCACACGGGAGAGAAGCCCUAUUCUUGCACCCUCUGCCCAUACCGCUCUCGGCAGCAAGGGAGUCUGAAGAGGCACGUUUGGGCGCACCAUAAUUAAAGGUGGCGGCAGGGAACCCCAAGCAAACCGAGCAGCCUUGGAUGAAGAAGGUGCGGCUGGCCGAGAUUCCUUCGGGCGAGAAUGGCAACGUCAAGACUAUUGGACUGCUGGCGGAGGGAGAAGAGCUACCUAGACCCCCUCCUGCCACCCUCUCCAGCCCACGCCUCCACUACUGCCCCUACUGUGCCUUCACCACCAGCAUCACCGCCAGACUUACUGAGCACCUCCGCAUCCACGCCGUCAAGAAGCCCUUCCCCUGCCCCCACUGCUCCUUCCAGGCCGUGCAGGUGGAGAGUAUUCGUGCCCAUAUCCGCACACACACCGGAGAAAAGCCAUUUGCGUGCGCCCACUGCCCUUACCGCUCCACCCAGAAAGGCAACAUGAAGAGACACAUAAUAAAGCACCACUUCGUCGUUGCUUUUGCCAAGUGAGCCAAGAUCGUUGUUUGUCAGAUAAUGAUGGUGAAUAAUGAUGACAAUGAUGGUGGUGAUGAUUCUGACAGCUAUAGUGAAUGGUGUAAUACAUACUUGUGAUUGUAUUGUACUGAAAAGAAUAACAAAAAAAAUUUCAU